CUCGGAGGGGUUCGGUCCCCAUCACUCGGCAGCGUCCAUGGCUGCGGGGCAGCACCGCACAGCCCGGGACCGGCAGCCCGGCAGGUGACCCCCACCCCGUCACCAUGAUGGAGCUGCGGCCCCCCAACGCGAGCACGGCGCAGCACGGCGGUUUUGGGGCGCAGAAUGGCAGCGUUCCGUCCUCGGAGUCCACGCUCCAACCUUUGCCCUUGGAUCCAUGGGACGUCGUGCCGUGCGUCUCCAGCACCAUCAUCAGCUGCGAGAAUGCGGCGGUGCUGGCGCUGCUGGCGGUGCUGGCGCUGCUGGUGGUGACGCCGGCGCUCUGUGCACCCACGUUCCUCCUCGUGGGCAGUUUGGCAGCCGCCGACCUGCUGGUGGGGCUGGGCCUCAUCCUGCGCUUCGCUUCCAUCCGUCUGGUGCCGUCGGAGGCGCUGGCUUUGGGGACAGCAGGGCUGCUGCUCACCGCCUUCACCGCCAGCGCGUGCUCCCUGCUGGCCAUCGCCGCCGAGCGCUUCGCGUCGCUGCAGCACGCGCUCACCUACAGCUCGGGGCGGGCGGGCGGCCGGACCCGGCUCACGUUGCCGCUCGCCUGGGGAGCAUCGCUGUGCUGCGGGCCGCUGCCCGCCCUGCGCUGGAACUGCGUGCGGGAUCCGUCCUCCUGCGGCUCCAUCCGGCCGCUCCGCCGGCCCCACCUCGCCGCCCCCUCCGUCUCCCCCCUGGCCGCCUUCGCCGUGCUGCUGCAGCUCCGCGCGCAGAUCAGCCGCGUCGCCCGGCGGCACGCGCAGCACGAGGCCGCGCAGAGGCAGCUCGCAGGGCGGGCGGCGGCGGCGCGCACAGGGACGGCAGCGCUGGCGCUCACGCUGGGCGCCUCGGCCGCGCUCUGCCUGCGGGGUGGCCGCGGCUCUGCCCACCUCCUGCUGCCGCCCGCUGCUGCCGGCUCCGUCCAACCUCUCAUCUACGCCUUCCGUAACGGCGAGCUCCGGAAGGUUCUGUGGGCGCUGUGCUGCGGGUGCCGCUCUGCCGCGGUGCCCUUCCGCUCCCGGACGCCCGGCGAUGUGUGAUCGCCCCCAAGGGACGUGGGGCUGCCGGUGGUGACGUCUGGUUGGCAGCCAGUGAUGUGCUGUU